CCGGCGCGGAGACGCUGGCGAGGGAGGGGUCGAGGCGGUCCUCAUCGAGAGGAAAGCUGGACAACUGCAAGCCCUGCGGUGGGCCAUCCCGCUCUGCAAUGGUCGGCGAGUUCGACCUGCCCCUGGACAUCAUCGACAGGAGGGUCACCAAGAGAAUGAUAUCGCCGUCGAAUGUGGGCGUCGACAUCGGAAGGACUUUGAAGCCUCACGAGUACAUUGGCAUGGUCCGCCGCGAGGUCCUUGAUGCUUACCUUCGGGAGCGCGCUGCUGAGGCAGGCGCGACCGUCAUCAACGGCCUCUUUCUCAAAAUGGACAAACCAGAGGCCCGGAGCGGGGGGCGAUACAAGAUAUACUACAACCACUAUGAGAAGGGCUCAGUGAACGGGGAGAAGAGGGAGAUGGAGGUGGAUGCGGUAAUAGGAGCGGACGGUGCCAACUCAAGGGUCGCCAAAUCGAUCGGGGCAGGGGACUACGAUUACGCCAUCGCAUUCCAAGAGAGGGUUAAGAUUCCGGAUAGCAAGAUGGAAUACUACAAGGAUUUGGCAGAGAUGUAUGUAGGGGAUGACGUGUCGCCGGAUUUCUACGGCUGGGUUUUCCCCAAGUGCGAUCAUGUGGCCGUGGGUACAGGGACGGUGACGCACAAGAGCGAGAUAAAGCAGUUCCAAGCAGCCACAAGGUUGAGGGCUCGGGAUAAGAUCGAGGGUGGGAAGAUUAUCCGAGUAGAGGCACAUCCUAUUCCGGAGCAUCCUCGACCCCGCAGGGUACUGGACCGUGUUGCCCUCGUGGGAGAUGCCGCCGGAUACGUCACCAAGUGUUCUGGCGAAGGGAUCUACUUUGCUGCAAAGAGCGGACGAAUGUGUGCAGAGGCAAUCGUCGAAGGCUCAGAGAACGGCACCAGGAUGAUCAAUGAGGCUGACCUGAGAACGUACUUGAAGAAGUUUGAUCAAACUUACUGGCCCACGUACAAGGUGCUCGACAUACUCCAGAAGGUGUUCUAUCGUUCUAACCCAGCAAGGGAGGCAUUCGUGCAGAUGUGUGCGGAUGAGUACGUACAGAAGAUGACCUUUGACAGCUAUUUGUACAAGAGGGUGGUGCCUGGUAACCCCCUCGACGAUCUUAAGCUGGCCGUCAACACUAUUGGGAGCCUGGUGAGGGCAAACGCAUUGAAGAACGAGAUGAGCAAGGUUGCUUUGUGAGGGUGAAGCCUCAAGGUGGAGAUCCAGUAUUUGAUCAUUUAUAUUUGCAUGUAUCGGCUAAAUUCAAGCGGUACUAAGAGAGACUGAGAGAAAAGAGGACCCCCUGGUGAUUCAGUAGUUUGUGGGGAUUUUCCUCCUUGGAGAUGUAUGUAUUUUUCUUUGCCAAGCUGCUUAACAGUUCGUGCUGUAAACUACUCUGCCUUGUAAUAUACAGUUGAUGACGAACACGCCCUUUUGAUUCGUUGAUGACUUAUCUAUCAGAUCUUGGGCUUUUAAAGCUUC